AUGACAUCUAGAAAUGCAACGGGUGCUUUUUCAGAGGAAAGUGAACUUCUUGACUCGACUACCAGAUUUGAGAGUGGAACAAGUCGAAGAACUCGCUCCUGUCGUAACCCCAAAAAAAGACAAGAAUCUAUAGAUUUAGUUUAUGAACCAUAUGGAUUACCGUCUUCUAGCGGUUCACAUGAUCCACCAAGCGUUUUUCAAGAUCCAUCGAGAAUUGACGGGAGUCCAAGGACAGAAUAUACCAUACCGCGGGAACCAUUCUCAAUUACAGUUCACAAAAAUGUGAUUGAUAAGUUGGUGUUUGGAUCUUUGGCGCACAUUAAUGGUUCGCUCAAUCCGUCAAGAUCAACCAAACGUAGGACGGUUAAGACUGAAGAAGAAGUACCUGUUAUCGCGACUGGCAUAAAUCCUCCUAGAAUAAUUCUCCCUCCUCCCCAGAGAAAUUCGCCCAUCCGUAAUUCACCUCUUCGAAUCUCGCCUGCCCGCGUUUCAUCCGUUUGUAAUUCACCUGCUCGGAGCUCUCAAUCGUCGUCGGAUCAGGCUUCCAUGGAUGGGCACAUUACUGGUGGAGUAACUUUACCUCCUCUUUAUUUGCCCGAACAUUCUACUCAUGGUGGAAUAACAUUACCCCCUCUUCGAUCUGUGCUUGAUGUUGAAAAUUACGCAGAGUCAAUCUUAAAUUCUCAAGAAACUGAUUUGGAAAACACAGACGAAGACUUGGUGGUGGUUGACCUUACGUCUUCGCCGUCUUAUCCGUCACCGUCAUCCAUCAUUGAUCUGACUUCUUCGCCAGUAAUUGACCUUACCGCACCCUACACCCCAUACCUUUCGUUUCCUCACAGAUUUGCAUUAGAGCCCCGAGUAAGCCCGGAAAUUAUUGUAAUUGACGAUGACUCAUCAGAUGCUACCCCUUCCCGCGCGCAAAGGGUAACACAAAAUGGAAACAUGACCCCUCCUUACUCGCAAAAUAGGCUUACCGCUCCACCUCCCCGUCCAUCACAAAGCAUGACUUUUGCUCAACAAUUGUCAUCUCUAGUCAACAACGCUUCAGUUCCGAGGGGCCUUCAACUCAAAUGUGCCAUUUGUCUUGAUCGACCAAAAGAAGUUUCAUCCACAAUAUGUGGUCACAUUUUCUGUUUUGAAUGCAUUAGUACAGCAGUGAGAACGCAGAAAAUGUGUUCCCUCUGCAGGCGGCCCAUCACCAAAAAGCACAUCAAGCGCCUGGAAUUCAAGGUGCUGUGA